CCUUCAUUGUUUUUUAUUAUUUUCAUAUUUCUUUCCGUUAAACAUUGAACAGUGGAAUCAAUUGGUUCUCCGCCUUAAUCUGAAUAAUUGAUCUCCCAGUUUCCUACAUAGACAGAAAAAGAAAAAGUUAAAGCCUGCAAUUGCUGACUUUGUAUGCCCCAUCUCUCUCUUUCUCUGUCUUUUCAUUUUAUUAGCACCGAAACCGCAUUUACUCCAUUUGAUUUCAUGACAAAUAGUCAGGUGUUUGUCUAAGGUGCAGGUAACAGUACUAUUCACUAUGGCAAUUGAAGUAAUCAGCCCAAGAAUCUCGUUUUCUUACUAUCUCAAUGCAGAAGCCAUUGAAGAACAUCAUCAUCAUCAUCAUCACCAGAGUUCCGAUUUCGUUUUCAAUUUUGGCGAUAGUUUUGUCCAAGAAUUGUCUCCAGCUGAUGAGCUCUUCUCUAAUGGCAAGAUUCUACCCAUGGAAAUCAAGAAAAAGCCUGUUGUCGCAAAGCCUGUUCCUGUUCCUUCUCCUCCCAAGAAAAGAUUGAAGGAAUUUUUAUCAAUGAGUAUUGAUGAUGCAGAUGACCAGCCUGAAUUCAAAUCUUUGUGGCAGUUCAAGAGAAGCAUUAGCCUCAACUCUGGAACCAAAACCCUAAUCCGCUCUCUUCACUUUCUUUCCCGGAGCAAUUCAACUGGUUCAGCUUCAAAUCCAAAACCAACAAUGCUUUCGAAAGAAACCGAGAAGCAGCAUUUGCAGAAGCAACCAUCUUUGUCAACAAAAUCAUCGCACUCACAUUCUUCUGGUGCAUUUUAUGCUUACACUAAUUCUACUACACACAAGUCUCCAUUAAAGAGCAGCAAUUGUGGAUCAUAUGGAAAUGGAGUUGGAGUCAAUUCUGUUUUGAUUUCUAAUGUAUCGGUGGUGAGUUUUUUUGGGUUUGGUUCACUCUUCUGUAACCCGAAGGGUAAAAAGAAGAAAAAAUGAAUACAUUACUUCUUAGUUGAGUUUAGCUGUGCAUGAACUAGCAUAUCUGUAAAUUGAAGAGAGCAAGAAUCCUAAUAUUCAAGGUACCAUGGGUAUCCAUCUACUUUUCUGAGGGUGAAAACAACAGUAAAACAAUUGAUCAGAUGGAUGGUGUUUGUCAUUUUUCAUGCAUACCAUAAUGAUAAUGGUUAUGGACUUAGCAGACAGCUGCUAUUGGUUGUUAUUUCCUCGUUCUCCUCCCGGUUGCCUCUUCUUACUAUGAUGCUGCCUACUACAGUCUGCUGCUGCUUCAUUCUCCUCUUGGUUGCCUCAUCCUCCUGCAAUCUUGCUGGCUACAGUUGCCUCAUUCUACUCUUGUUGUUGUGUUGGCUUAUGCUAGUUGAUGUUGUUGCCAUGUUCGCCUCUCUAUUGUCUCCUCUUACUGCAGUACUACCUGGUACUCUGAUAGUUGUCUCCAUGCCUCUGUUGAAAAGGAAAUGGCGGAUACAGGAAAAAUGUACUUCAGAAGGCAGGGUGUUUUGGAGAAGCUGUCCUUAAAAUAGCUUAUUUCCCGCUCUCUCUAGUGCAUGACAACCAGGAAAUGAUAUUUCUAAAAUACAAUGCAUUAAUUUCGAGUUAGAUAAA